AUGGAUAACAACAAGGAGAGUGAAAAGAAAGAAGAUGUAACACAACGUGAUAGUUGUCGAAUUCAGGUGAAACCUUCAAAUAAAAAUAGUCAAAGUGAUACAAAAAAAUUGUCAACAUCAAAAACUACUCUUAGGAGAAAAGUUACCAGAAGACAAAAAGGUGGUUCAAAAAUAGUACAUAAUGGAACAAAUAGAAAAAGGAGUGGAGUGUCAACUCCUGCACCACCUCAUGAAAAAUCACUUGUUUUAAAACUUUUACAAAUUGUUAAGGCACAAAAUCCUUCACUUAAUCAAAAGGAUUCUGGUCCAUCUCAAUCAUCUUUACUUGGAAAUAUUUUAGAUGAUUGUAUUAAAAAAGGAAUUGAAGGAUUAACUAUAGAGUAUUUUUCUAUUUCUAGAUCAAAAGUUGAACCAGCUGAAUAUGUUAAUUUUUUGCUUCCUGAAAAUAGGCCAAAAAAUAGAUAUCGUGACAUUCUUUGUCUUGAAAAUAAAAGAGUAAAACUUAAAGAUAUUGGAAAUGAUUAUAUUCAUGCAAAUUAUGUCAAAACUCCUCGUUCUGAAAAAAGUUUUAUUUGUACACAAGGUCCAACAACAAAAAGUUGUCUUGAUUUUUGGAAAAUGUGUAUUCAAGAGGAUGUUGAAUAUAUUGUGAUGCUUUGUCAAUUUGAAGAAAAUAAUAUAAAAAAAUGUGCUAAAUAUUAUCCAUAUGAUAAUGGAUGUACAUUAUCUUUUGGUUCAGUUAUUAUUAAUAAUGAAAAGAUAAAUGAAAGUUCUGAUAUUAAUUUAAGAGAUAUAAAUUUAAAGAUUCAACAUGAAGGUGGAACCAAAAAGAUACGCCAUUUACAAUAUUUAGGAUGGCCAGAUAAAGGUGUGCCAGAUCUUUCUGAUACAUUAUUAAAUAUGCUUGAUAUUGUUAAAAAGUCAAAUAAACCAGUUGUAGUUCAUUGUUCAGCUGGAAUUGGUAGAACUGGUACUUUUGUUUUAAUACAAAAUAUUAUGGAAAGAAUUCAUAAUCCUGAGAUUGGUGGAAAUGAUACAAGUAUUAAUAUUCUUAAAGAAAUGAGAAGUCAACGUUAUGGUGUUGUUCAAACAGACUUUCAAUAUAUCUUUGCUCAUCGUCUUGUGUUGGCAAGUUAUAUUAAAACAAAGAAAAUUGAUGUUGAAGAAAAUAAAGAUCUUAAUAGAUGGUUAACUUUUUAUAAGAAGAUUUAUGAAAAAUAUACAACAACAUGUAAGACAACUAAAACUGGUACAGUUGAAGAAGAUACUUAA